AUGGCCAUACACUUUCUCCUUAUUUUAAAUCGACAGGGCAAGACCCGAUUAGUGAAAUGGUUCAACAACACAUACACGACCCAAACAAAACAGCAAUAUAUUCAAGAGAUCCAUAGAUUGAUAAAUAGUCGAGAUUCAAAACACCAAUCGAAUUUUGUCGAGUUUUAUCAAAACAAAUUAGUUUACAGAAGAUAUGCUGGGCUAUAUUUCGUCUGUCUCGUUGAUUUAAACGAUUCAGAAUUAAGUUAUUUGGAGAGUUUGCAUUUCUUGGUGGAAAUACUCGACGAUUAUUUCAAUAAUGUCUGCGAGGUCGAUCUUGUGUUUAAUUUUUACAAGUUGUACUUUAUAAUCGACGAACUAUACCUCGGAGGAGAGAUACAACAGAUACUGAAGUCAAAGAUAUUGAAUAGGUUAGCUGUAUUAGAUAAACUAGAUUAG